GCCUCGCGGGCGACGCGGUGGAUCCCGAGCUGCUCGCCGCCUUCAACGCCGCGCGUGCAGGUCCCUUCGGCAAGCCCGACGCGUACGAUGCGGAGGAGGUGGCGAACUUUGUGCGGGCGGACCUGCGGCGGCUGGAGGAGCAGUGCCUGAGCGUCAUCAACCGCUGCAACGUGCCGGUGCCGGGCGCCAUGAACCUGUACGACCCGCACGUGUCGUGGCCACACGUGGAGAAGUUAGAGCCGUGGGUGCGCAUGGCGGAGUUCUGGACAUCCUCCUCCGACACCUCUUUCACCGAGCUGGAGAUGUCUACGGCGCACUAUGAAUUUAGGAAACAUUUUCGCGUGGUUGUGUGUAAACUUCCGUUUCAGAGCACAGAGUUUGAGAAGCGCAUGUACGACAUUCGGCAUUGGCUGCACCGGCAGACUACCUGUGAGUUUCACACCAUCUACAGGAAGAACGUGGUUCACGACGCUGCGGUGUUCCCCACCGAGCAUGACCCCGCCACACCAACGACGCACGAGCACCACCGCAUGUUCUCCUUCGCCUUGGACUGGCAGAGCGCACCGGUGAAUCGGCUCAGUGUGGAUACGGUGGCUGCGGGUGAGGACUGGGACGCGGUGGCGCAGCGGCUGGGCUGCAGUGUGGAGGAUCUUAAGCGCGCCAACCCGGCGGUGGAGGUGCUCGAGGCGGGCGGCGUCGUGAACGUUCCGGCGUCUGCCACUCGCCGGCUGACAAGCUUCGGCGCGGCCCCACGCGUGCUUCCACUGCAGUCCGCGGCGGGUGGGGACCCUAUUCGCACGUGGGAGGAGGCUGCAGCCGUUCUUGACUGCACAGUGGAGGAGCUGCAGCAGGUCAACGGCCACGCCGCACUCACCUAUAAUCAAAAAGAAAAUGGCGAGGGGGAGUUUGGACCCUCCGUUACAGAGCUGAACGUUCCGCUCUCCUGCUGGGCGUCGACGCCUGAGGCGGAGUUCAGCGCGAUGGAGCUCGUGUACGCGAGUGAUACUCUCGCCACCAUCGCCGCGCGUCUCCAGUGCAGCGAGGCGGCGCUGCAGAAGGCAAACAACGGCGUCACGGACGUGUCAGGCCUGCGCGCUGUGCGGGUGCCCGCGGAGGCGAAGGCACCACGGC